CGAGAAGUAGAGGGCGCUGAUGAGAAGUCAAGACUAGAAAUGUUUACCGUAGCUCUAAAAGAGGGGCUCCUCCACACAAAUCUCACGCCCAUCUCCCGGAUACCUUCGAAAAAGCUAUGGUCCGGGCUGUGAGGUACGUAACCCUAGAGGAGCGCAAAAAAGAGAAGAAAGAGAAACCCCUGAAGGAAGGGGGUGGAAAGAAGAAUGGAAAGAAGCCAUCCAAGGGGAAGAAAUCAGGUUUCCCCAGAUGGGCCGAAGGUCCAGUCUGCCGGGUCCUCAGGUGCUACCAAGUCACAUUACCCAGUAUUCAGCAUACCUGUAAUGGAGUUGUUGUGGGUGUUGUGCAGUUGGCAAAGGCAGGGAGUGUGAAGGAGGUAGAUCUGAGUUUGAUUCUUGGUAACUGUGCUUGGAGUGGGAUACCAAGCAAGGUCAAUGGUUUCUACAAAGGAGCUCCAUCAGUGAUGUUCAGCAGAGAAGAAGCAGAAGUUCUGGCCGGAAAAUUGCACAAUACUCUCGUGGGCAGAUGGAGCAAGAAGAUCUCAUUAGCAGUUGUUGAACAAUUCCUAGUUAAAGAAGAAGUAUACUAUCGUCCAGGAAGCAAGGAUGAUGGUUUUCUCAAUAGCACCAUGGUUCCUCAAUGGGAACCCUAUUCUAAUCAAACACAUCAAGAGAAGGAAACAACGACAUUGGUUUUCCAUUCUGAUGGAGGAGGGGAAGGAGACACCCCUUUCCUCAAUAAAAAAUUUGAUUCCUUGGCUAUUGACACUUCCAGACUUAAGUUCCCGAAGAGGAAAUAUGAUGCUGAUUUUAUGUGUGUUCUUGAGCCUAUGGUCAAUGCCUCUCAGCUGGACCAUUAUAGGCUUCAAUUGGGUUUUUCUAACUGUCUCCUCUCCUCCAAUACUAAGAGAUGGAUAUUUUGGAACCAGGCCUCUCUUCAUCUCAACACCUGCCUGGAAGAAGAACAAGAUACAUGGUCAGCCGGAUUGGCCAAUAAGCUACAACACACUAAAGUAGCCCUUAAGGAUUGGAACCAAAAGGUCUUUGGGAACAUUUUCACCAAACUCAAUGAUGCUGAACAACUGGCCUCCCAAGCUCAAGUGGAAUAUGAGAAGUUUCCAAAUUACAUCAAUAGGGAAUCAGCAAAACUUGCCAAUUCCAAACUUAUAAAAGCAGUUAAUGGGGAAGUAGAGCUCAAAUUGCUCCUGCCCAAACUCAUCUCCCCUGAGCAAGCUGCUUUCCAACUAGGUAAAUCCAUGGAUGAAAACAUUCUUAUGGCUGAAGAAGCUGUCCACUUACUUGAUAAGAAGGUAUUUGGUGGGAACCUGUUUAUUAAGAUAGAUAUGGCAAAAGCUUUUGAUAGAAUGGAUUGGAAAUAUCUAGAAGCACUGCUUACUGCCUUUGGCUUCUCCGACAACUCAAUAUCCAUCCUUAUGGCCAAUCUCAAAGGUACUCAUUUCAACAUCAUCAUCAAUGGGGAGCCAACUGGCUUCUUCCAAAUGACAAGGGGUGUCAAGCAAGGGGGCCCCCUUUCCCCUCUCCUUUUCAUCUUAGGAGGGGAAGGUCUCAGCAGGGUACUUAAGCACUACAUGGACAACUGCCAUAUUCAAAGAUUCAAUGCUGGGAGUGUGAAAUUUGCUAGUAACCUAGUUUAUGCAGAUGAUCUCAUUAUUUUUACCAAGGGAGAAACCAGGAAUCUGCUCAAACUAAGGAAGGCCCUUGCAGAAUAUCUCCUUGCCUCUGGACAGGAAAUAAAAUGCUCAAAAAGCAGAUUCUACACCAACAGUAAGACACCUCCAAGCAUUAUUCAUAACAUGGAAAAUGCUCUAGGCAUGAAGUGUGGAAAGCUCCCUUUUACCUACCUGGGGGCAGCUCAAGAAGGAACACUGUACAAGGUUGAUGGAUCAUUUCUUCAAGCACAUCAACUCCUGGUAUAGCAAGACCAUUAACCAAAUGGGGAGGUUGAUUCUUAUCAAACAUGUCCUCUCCUCUAUCCCAUUACAUAUUAUGGUUGUCCACACCAUCCCUAAAUCCAUCAUCAAUGCCCUAAACUCCUCCAUGGCCAACUUCUUUUUGGGGGCAGAAGCAAGGUAAACCUAAAUAUCACUAGAAAAGCUAGAGCUCAAUCUGCCAACCUACUGAGGUAGGGGGUUU